CCCGCGGAGGCGCCUGGCUCCGGCAGGUUUCUCUGCUCCCACGGCAGUGCGGGCCGCCUCGCGUGCCGUAGCUUCUCCGGCCGCAGCGGCGGUGUCCGCCGGAUUCGUGGCAUCCAUGGCGGCGGAGCCGCAGCCCAAGGCGCUGACUCGCAAGCCCGUCCUGCUCAACAAAGUGGAGGGCUCGCAGGAGGUGGUGAACAUGGCAGCGAUAGUGCCCAAGGAGGACGGGGUCAUCAGCGUCUCCGAGGACAGAACAGUUCGUGUCUGGCUGAAGAGAGACAGUGGUCAGUACUGGCCCAGCAUAUACCAUGCAAUGCCUUCUCCAUGUUCAUGCAUGUCUUUUAACCCGGAAACCAGAAGGCUGUCCAUAGGUCUAGACAAUGGUACAAUCUCAGAAUUCAUUUUAUCAGAAGAUUACAACAAGAUGACACAAGUGAAAAGUUACCAGGCUCAUCAGAGCAGAGUCAUAAUGAUUCUCUUUGUCCUGGAGAUGGAGUGGGUGUUAAGCACGGGGCAAGACAAGCACUUCACGUGGCACUGUUCAGAGAGCGGCCAGCGCCUGGGAGGGUACCGCACCAGCGCGGGUGCCUGUGGCCUGCAAUUUGAUGUGGAAACUCGGCAUGUGUUUGUUGGUGACCAUUCUGGACAAGUGACCAUACUCAAACUAGAGCAAGAGUCCUGCAGUCUUGUUACAACGUUUAAGGGACACACAGGUGGUGUCACUGCUCUCUGUUGGGACCCGAUACACCGAGUUUUAUUCUCAGGCAGUUCUGAUCAUUCCAUUAUAAUGUGGGAUAUUGGAGGAAGAAAAGGAACAGCCAUUGAGCUGCAAGGACAUAAUGAUAAGGUUCAGUCUCUCUCCUAUGCUCACCACACUCGGCAGCUCAUCUCCUGCGGUGCGGAUGGGGGAAUCGUCGUCUGGAACAUGGAUGUCGAGAGGCAGGAGACCCCUGAGUGGCUGGACAGUGACUCCUGUCAAAAAUGUGAUCAGCCUUUCUUCUGGAACUUCAAGCAAAUGUGGGACAGUAAGAAAAUAGGCCUCAGGCAGCAUCACUGCCGGAAGUGCGGGAAGGCUGUGUGCGGCAAAUGCAGCUCCAAGCGCUCCUCCAUCCCACUGAUGGGCUUCGAGUUCGAAGUGAGGGUCUGUGACAGCUGCCACGAGUCAAUAACAGAUGAGGAGCGGGCGCCCACAGCUACUUUCCACGACAGCAAGCACAAUAUUGUUCACGUCCACUUUGAUGCAACUAGGGGAUGGUUGUUGACCUCAGGGACAGACAAGGUUAUUAAGUUGUGGGAUAUGACACCAGUCGUGUCUUGAUGGUGCAGCAGUGGACCUUGAGUGGUGGUAUUUACAGAAGAGACAGAUUUCCUAGCCCUAAUCAUCCCGCAGAAGAUGGAUAACGCUGUGCACGUACGGCAGAUGAGAAAGGAACUAAUGUGUCUACAACGAUCUCACGUCCUCUGCUCGUUGGAGGCUGAACAUUUGCACGAAGACUCUUUCCACUUAUUCUUAAAGCAGACAAGAAGGUAUUUUUUUAACCGAUGGUUUGUACAGUCUGGCUUCGGUUGUCUUGAGUUGAUUUGGAAAAUCCGUGUGUGGUGCACUUUUGGGGUUUUCUAUUUCACUGUCAGGGUACUCGCUGCUUUGCUCAGAGGCCUCGCAGGUUGUGCCUGACCGCGUGAGCUUUCGGUGUCACCACACUGUGUAAGGCAGUGGGCUCUCCCCGCAGCGAGUGCCCACCGAUUUGGGAGAUUGUUUCUGCUGAGCACACUCUCUCCUCUGUGGAGGAACUCCGGGCACGGCAUCACAUGUUCUCUGGCUGCCUCACCAAGGAGCUGAUGGACUAUGGCAGUUCCUCAAAGGGCUCCACCCUCUCCUUACCCUGGUAGCAGACAUCACCCAGAGAGCAUCUCAUUGGUUUGUGGCAGGUAAAAUCCAGCUUCCUGCCUCCCUCCUUGCUGCACCAGCCGCAAAACUAGGGGCCUGGUUGCUUAGCAACUGAUUUCUACAAAAACUGAAAUAGUUUUCUGGCUCAAAGUGUUGCAAGGAGCACACAGACCUGUUUGAGUUUGAUGAGGCUGACAGGCUGCCUCAAGUUAAAUUAUCGACAAGAGAACUUUCAGGAGUGUGCACGUGGGAUGGGGGGCGGGAAGGGGUGGGAGACAGAGCUAAAAUUGGUCUAGGUCCGAAAAGUCUGGCUUACUUCUACCUCUACCUUGCACAGCAACAUUUCAGCAUUUAUACCUGUCUGUGUUGUUGAAGAUGAAUUUGAUUUUCCUGUUUUCUGUAUGGUUAGUCAUAUUUAUUUUUUAAGAUGCUGAUAGUUUUUAUUGAUUUCCUCUGUAGCCCAGAAACUGAUGUUGCUGAACAACACCCGUUGUCCUGUCAUCAUACUUUACGGUUUCUUUCUUUUAAAAAUAAAAAGUGGUAUAAAAACUUGGAUUGACCCAAAUUACCUUUUUAGGAGGACUUUGGGAAGAUGAAUAAACAAAAACAA